AUCAGUGAUAGAACAGGCUGGAACUUUAUAGCUUCAUAUAAAUAAUGUUAGGAAAAAUGUCAACAAUUAUGGCUGGAAACAUGUGUGUUAAAGAGCUUAAAUAUGUGAAAAGAGUACUAGCAAUAUGUGAAAGAGCUGCAAUUUUUGAAAAUCACAGUAGUUUCUCUUAUGUGCUUGAAAGUUAUAAAUUUGUGUUCAUACAUUCCUUUUUUCUAAUUGAAUUUUUUUGUCUAUUGAUUCUUUUCAUAUUUAUUAUGGCAAAAUUAGGUUUUCUUGUGGAUCAUCAACUACUAUCCGAUAUUGAAUGCUUUAUCAUCCUUGAGGAGAUAUUGUGCCAACAAUUUCUUGUUAUGUUUAUUUUUCUUUUCAUGACCAUGUAUGGUCAUUUUAUAAAAAAAAACGUAGAAAUAGACGUGUGAUUAGGUAUCGUAUGAGUGUUCGAAUUCCUAAAAUUAUGUCUCAUUUAAAUGGUAUCAUACAUGACAGUGACAUUGUAUGUAUUGAUAAGUUAAGAAAGGAUAGAAAUUCCUUUCACACUUUAGUUCUCUUAACCAAGGAAAUUGGAGGUUUGACCGAUAGCAAAAACAUGUCAAGUAGUGAGAAGUUAGCAAUGUUUUUAAAUAUCUUGGCUCAUCAUGAGAAGAAUAGAUCCAUUAAGGUCGAUUAUGUUAGAUCGGUUUGGAGCGUAAGUCAAGCUUUUAACGAAUGCUUGAGAGCUAUUCUCAAACUAGCGCCUUUGUUACUUGUUAAUCCCAAACCGGUGCUUGAAGAUGAGACUAAAGAUCGAUGGAGAUGGUUUAAGGGAUGUUUAGGCGCAUUAGAUGGUACUUACAUUCCAAUUAGAGUUCGAUCUGAGCAAGAACCAAGAUACAAGACAAGAAAGGGAGAAAUAGCAACUAACAUACUGGGAGUUUGUGAUAGAAAUCUCAAUUUUACUUAUGUAUUACCUGGUUGGGAAGGAUCAGCUGCCGAUGGUCGUGUAUUAUGAGAUGUUGUAGUGCGAAUGAAUGGUUUGAAAAUCCCUGAGGGUAUGCCAUACAUAUGCUUAUGCACUCAAAUUAUAUCACAAAAAGAAUAUUCUAUAAAAAUAACUAAACUUAUGUUUAUAUCAUAGGAAAUUAUUAUCUGUGCGAUGGAGGAUAUACAAAUGGAACUGGUUUUCUUUCACCUUACAGAGGGUAUAGAUAUUGGUUAAGGGAUUGGCAAGGUGACAAUCCGCCAACUCAAUGUCGAGAAGAGCUUUUCAAUAUGAAGCAUGCUAGGGCUCGUAAUUAUAUCGAAAGGGCAUUGGGCAAUUCUUAGAAGUCCUUCGUGGUACUCAGUUAAGGUUCAUAACAAGAUCAUUAGUGCUUGUUGUUUGGUGCACAACUUUGUUCGUAGAGAGAUGGAAGUGGAUCCCUUAGACAUUGAUAUGGAAGAACAAGUGGAGUAUCAACAAGACAAAAUUAAUGUUGUUGAAUCAUCUGAGGAGUGGACUACAUGGAGGGAUGAGCCGGCUCAAUCAAUGUGGAAUGCAAGUCUAAACAAUUGAUCUUUUCAGCACGUUCCAUGCUUGUAUUAUAUUUUGUGGUCUUUAGGUGUUUUUCUCUUUAGUUUUUUGUAUAAUUGUAAGGUGUAUCAACUUUCAGUUUGUUGUGAUUAUAAGAAAUAGUUACUUACCUUUAUUUUUGUGAAGAUAACAUAUGUUUGGUUAGCUCUUCUUAUGUGAUAUUUUGGUACUUCCAUUUUUAUUUUUAUUUUUUUAAUGUGUAAAGUGUGAAAUUUUAUUUUUGUGAUGCUAAGUAAUAUUGGAGAUACUUAUGCUUCUUGAGAUGAUUUAUUUCACAAGAUUAUACA